AUCUGAGACAGUGUGUAUCUGUGUGUCUGUUUGUAAUGUGCCUUUGUGUGGCUUAGUCUAGCGGAUUUCUAUAAGCAUUUGUAUAUAUAGUAGCGCCAGAAGUCGCUUACGCGCAUUCGAACCUCAAACUUCUUCGAACCUCAACAUCCACAACUAACGGUCAAACGAAAUCGAACUCGAAACCCCAAUCGUAACCGAUAUCGAAAAUACGAUAAGUCCCGCCGCUCAUUUCCGGUGCGUGUGUGUUCUCUCCCAGUCUCCAGCGCUUGAGGAGAGAUUUCGCUUUGGUUUUUGCGCAAAAACCAGAUCCGAAUUGAUCCGAAUCAUAAAUGUAUGUUCCUUUAAUUUAGGCGUGCGUUACAACAAACCCCCUCGCCCAAAAAGAAAAAAAAAAUAUCCAAACGGGAAAACAAACAUAUAAAAAACCAAAAGCUCAUCGCACUCUAUUGCUCUCUUUUGCACUCUCGGCUCGGCUCAGCUCACGCACCCACAACGCCGCAACGGCAGCAGCAGCAGAAAAGCAGAAGCAGAAGCAAAAACUGCUGCUAAUUUGAAACGAGAGCCAAUCGCCCGGUGGAUGCGGAUUUGAACGUUGAUGUAAAUGUGGACCUGGAUUAUGCAACAGCAGACAGUCGGAGGAGAGAGGGAGAGGUGACAGACUGUCCAGAGACAGACAGACAGACCGAGUAAUUAUCAGUGCCAGAUUAUUAUCAUCAGCAGCAGCAGCGAUGCAACCACGGUAACACAGACCCGGAGAGGACCAGUCUGUGGCACUGAAGCGGGGCUCUCUCUCUCUCUCUCUCUGUCAGCCGGACGGAGCUGGCAAUGAACACAAUGCCCACGGCCUCAUUCACGGACCGCCUAGCCCGAGACCAUUGCGAAAACAGUUGAGCACUCGCCGCGUUCAGGUUGUGGUUGCGAUUGCGGAUACGCUUACGGCUGGAGCGCAGGACCAGCAAAGCCCGGCAAACAUAUCCGGAGUGGAAAUUUUCAGCAAUUAAAGCAAUCAAAGCAAAGCAACCCAUCAUCAGAGCAGAGCAUAUCAGAUCAGAGGAUCGGCUUGAUUCGGCUCGGUUCAGCGAUGCUGACUACAGACAUGGGCACAGCGGCAGGGCCGACGCCGAUCAUCGUCAGCAGCAAGCCACAGAAAUCUCAUUGCCAAUCCCCGGCGCUGGCGUCGGAGCAGCAGCUCCUACAGCACCAUCAACAGCAGCAGCAGCACCAGCAUCCCCACCUGCCCAUCCACACACAUGGCCAUGUCCAUGGCCAAGGCCAUGGCCAGACAGCGAUGCACUGCGAGAAGUACAUGCCGGAAGCGCCGCGCCGGAACCUGCACGAGCUCCUGUUGGAGCUACUGGACAUGCUUCUCUCCUGCCUGGUGGUGGCGCCCUGCGUUAUUGCCUACUGGCGCGGCACCUGGGAGCUGAUGGGAGUUUUCCUUUUCCCGAGCAGCCUGCCUCUCUCCGCGCUCUCCUCCUUUCUCAUCGGCGGUGUGGGGCACUUCGUGUUCACCAUCACCCAGAACUUCUUCAAGGAGCAUAUCCACCCGGACAAGCGACGCCUCACCUACUACGCUGUCUCGCGGCUCUACACCGCCGUAUUCGGGAUUGUCUGUGUCAACAUGUGGCGCGGCGCCUGGAUGCUCUGCGACUGGCUGACCAGCGUCGACUCCCUCAUCAUCGUCUCCGUGGUGACGGCAAUAGCCCUCAUCUUCCUGGUCGCCACGCGCACCCUCCGCAACCUGGGCGCCGCCCCCUACACGGUAACGAUGGACCACAAAACCGACUAUUUCGAGGUGGACACCAUGUUCAAAAUACCCGGUUUCCAUCAACCUGGCCUCUAUGUGCUGGACACACUCUUCUCGGUUUUUGUCAUUGGCAGUCUGGUGGUCAUAGCAUGGCGCGGUGUCUGGGGCAUCUUCGACUUGACGCUAUUUCCCAAGGACAAGGCCAAGUCGGCGUGGGGAUCGCUGCUAAUUGGAUAUCUGACCGUCUUUGUUACGUUUCUCAUCCAUCCCCUGAUGCGGUACGUGUGUCGUCGGAUAAGCGGCAUCCUGAAGCUGAUCAUAUGCGACAUUUACUAUCUGAUGACAUUCUUUGGGGCGGUGAAUGCAUGGCGCGGUAUCUGGAAUCUACUCGAUGUGUAUCUAUAUCCAGACAAUCGACUGAUGAGCUUCUGGCUAACACACAUCAUACCGUUCCUGCUGCUGGCCGCACUCAAAUGCUCCAACUCCAUCCUGGUGCGCGGGGUUUUCAUUGAUGCCGACGGAACUGGCGCCGAGAGUGUCGACAUUCCUAUUAACUAUGUGCGUCUACACUUCCUCCGAGAGCGCCGCAAAAAGGCGCAAUCAUCACCAUCAGCAUCUCAUCCGCCGCCGCACUAUUACCUGAAACCGGAGCACGCGACGCUCGGCAGGAGUGCGGAGAAGGAUAAGGAGGCGCAGAGCAGCCUCAUCGAGAAGCCACAUGCCACCGUUCAGAUCGUUUAGAUCCGGAUACGGACUUGUUUGUUACCGUUAAAAUCGUUUCUAUGUCUAGCUGUUAAACUAGUUGUACACUUAAAAUGCCUAAGCCUAAUCUUAAAUCGCGCAUAAUUCACGUUUAACGAGCUUACUUAAGAGUCAGAUGUGUAGCCUUAAGCCCUAGACUUAGGCCUAAUCUUAGAUGUUAUCCUACUCAUAAUCCUUAUCCUAACCAACUACCUACACCUGUAAAAAAGUUAACCAAUAAUGUCUUUAGGCAGUCACUUAGAAACUGGCCUUUUUCACUGCA